AACAUUGAUAACGAAAAUGGUGAAGCACGCCGCCUGUGUAACGUGCUGUAACAACCUGCAUCCACUUCUUUUACUUUUAUUUUAGAUUAGGAUUAUGCAAUUUAAGCUGAUUUUCGAUAGAAGAUUUGCUUUUAAUUAUUUUUUUUGUUUGUGUUGAAUUUGUUAUAUUAAAUAAGAAAACCCGUUGUGUCAUGGUGUCAUGGAUAAGCAAGGGUCUUCUGAUGACACUGGGACUAGACCCCGAGGAAUCAAACGAACGACGGAUGUUACGGAAGAAAGCGACGACGUGAAAGAACCCUCAACGUUACAGGAAGUUCCAAAUAAAAAAUCUCGACCCGAACAUGGUGAGGAAUCAAGUUCGCCUUCGGAAUCAGCGGUAUCUCGAAAAGUAACAACAUCUCAACAACCCGACGAUUCCAACCAACUGACAACGGUAGACGAUACAGGUAUUGAGGAGCUCGAUAUUGUGUCUGCAAACUACGAAGUACCCACCGACGCGUUAACGGAAGCAGAAUUAUUACCAGUAGCCGAUCGAACACGUAUUUCGGAACAAUGGCGGGAGGAGAACGAAGAUAUGAGCACCGAUUUCUCCGAAUUCACUCGUAGAAAGUAUGUGGUGAACAAAUCCGGUAUUGUUGGAAAAUUAUUACAUACCUUCCAUCCAAAAAAAAGAAAUGUAUUCUUUUUUUGCAUGCCUACGGGCUGCAUAAAAACUACCAGCAGUAUUGUUUUGGAGAAAUUCUUUUCCGCGAAUGUCGGCGAUGAUGAGAGAGAGAAAUUACUACCGUGGUUUACAGAAACAAUCGACGUUAAGUAUUUUCAAGAGCACAAGAACAAGUAUACGGUUUUCAGAAUGUCGUUUAGUGGAUUGCGUUUGAGGCGAACGUCAACUAUGGCUGAGAUAAGCAGCUUUAUUUACAGGCAGUUUCUGAAAAAAUUGGGUGGCAUGCGAAAUCACCCGUUGUUCAAACCAGCAAACGAAUCGGUCGAAUUUGAAAAUUAUAAUCCGAAUAAUGACAACGUAGACAUUUUCUCAAAAAUUACAUGGUGGUUGAGAAACACGUUCACGCUCCCAGUCGUCGUAAUAUUAGACGAAUUGGAUUUACCCGUCUCUUUCUCGGUCAUAGAGAAAGAAUACGUCAAGAAAGUAGCAGGUUUUUUCAGUGCUAUAAUGGCACGAUUGGUUUGUGUUGGAAGUUUCAAGUUCGUUAUUGGAUUUGGCAUCCAUCCCUGGUACGAUGUUUUCAGUUCCAAAGAUUGGCGUUAUUGUUUAGUCAGUGAUCGUGAGUGGGCGAGUUGCUUUUUAUUCACGCAAGGUGACAUGGACAAGUUGAAAACAAAAUAUACGAUAUCAGAUGCCGAUAUGGCCAAGAUAAAAGCUGCUUACGGAGGUUACGGUUUCGAUUUGUACAAUCCAGCUUCAGUUACCAGAUAUUUGUCAAAUGGUGGAGAACUGAAAUUAUAUAAAUGGCACCGGCGUACUUACGAUAUCCUCGAUUUAGAUAACUACGGAGUGAAAUGCAUUUUAUCGUGUUUUAUGUCUGGAAAAGAAUGGGAAUUGACCGUUGAUCUUGCCAGUAAAAUGCAAGGUGUAUCUAAUUACAAAGCAGCCCUCGCGCAUUAUGUAUCUGCUGGCUUACUCUCGUUACGAAUUGUACCGAAAGAUCAAUCGAAAAAAACUCCUGAAAAAAUGUAUAUUUCGGCGGGUAAUUUAGAAAACCGUAAUAUUAUUGGGUUUUUUCUAAAGCGCAUCGUCGAUGUGUCCAACGUGUCGGAGGCUGUGACUAAAGCUCACACAUUCUUAAUGGAAGAUCGAUUUGAAAAGUUAGCCGAAAUGGUCAACGAUGCGUUCCGAAAUAUGGAUGCGAAAGAAUUGGUACAGGAACGAGACUACCACAACCCGCUCCACUUUUUUUUUUAUUUGUUGAUACGGGAUUUCUGGGAAGUUGAAAGUGAAGAUUGCUUUUGCACUGGGAAUAAAAAGACUGGACAAAGCGGUUUUAGCGAUUUAACGCUAAAUCUGAAAAAACCGCUCAAACUGACUGUUGAUUCGAAAUUUAUAAUAAUGGAACUGAAAGUCGUGCCCCGAAAGAAUCAAGAUAUUACGGAAGAUGACAUUACAAGUACAAAAAAAAGAGCUUUUCAACAAAUUGUAGCCAAAGGUUAUGCCGGAGAUCGAUCGGGUAAAAUUUCAGAAGUUGCUGUUGUGUGCUCUGGUAAAGUCGUCAAAAUGUUCUUAAUGACAGAUGCCGACAGAGCUGAGGCGAAACGCGAGUUGACGUCAAAAUGAAUUGAAAUUCAUGUUGCGAAGUUCUUAGUUGUAUUAUCGAAGUUGUUUUAGUUGUUAAGAAGUUGUUUUUUUUUGUGUAAUUGUAACGAAUUAAAUAAAGAAAAUGAACGGUAAGAUUAGCCGAAUAUUA